AUCAACUUUAAACGUUUAGUUUUAUUGAUAAAAGUUUUUUUAAUAACAAUAUUAAAUUUAACUGAAAAUAAACACAAUGAAAUUAGACAUUUUAUGUAUUUAGCAUUAUUUUUGCUUUAUAACAUUUCGAACUUCGAAUUUUCAUCAAAAUGAGUAAUAUUUAUAUUCAAGAGCCUCCAACUUCCGGAAAAGUAUGCACAAUUUAUUUCAAUGUUGUUCUAAAGACUACAUUUGGUGAUAUUGAAGUAGAAUUAUGGUCUAGAGAGGCUCCUAAAGCGUGUAGAAAUUUUGUUCAACUUUGCCUUGAAAAUUACUAUGACAAUAUAUUGUUUCAUAGGAUUGUAAAGGGUUUUAUUGCUCAAGGAGGUGACCCAACUGGCACUGGAGCUGGGGGUGAAUCUAUUUAUGGACAUCCAUUCAAAGAUGAAAUACACUCACGUUUACGAUUUAAUCGUCGUGGAUUGGUGGCAAUGGCCAAUGCUGGCAAGGAUGAUAAUGGAUCUCAAUUUUUUUUUACAUUAGGGUCCACACCAGAACUUCAAUCAAAGCAUACUAUUUUUGGGAAAGUUGCUGGAGAUACUAUUUAUAAUUUAACUAAGCUAAAUGAUAUUCUUGUAGAUAAAGAAGAUAAACCAUUAUAUGAGCAAAAAAUAUUAAAAACAGUUGUUUUAAACAAUCCUUUUUCUGAUAUUGUGCCUAGAGUUACUAAAAAAGUUGAUAAAACUGACAAAGAAUCAAAAAAAAAAAAAGUUGGUGUUAAAAAUUUUAAACUUUUAUCUUUUGGGGAAGAAGCUGAGGAAGAUGAAGAAGAACUGGAUGAAGUUGUAAAAGUAUUUAGUGGACGUUCCAAAUCUACUCAUGAUCUCCUUCAAGAUCCACAACUUAGUGCAGAGCCAGCUAUUCCAAAAGAUAUACUCCAAGAAGAUAUUUUAUCUGAAGAGCAACCAAACAGUAUAAAUAUUAAUGAUAUACGGAAUAAAUUAUCAAAUAAUUCAAAAAAAAAAUUACCAAAAGUUGUGAAAUUGUCUAAUAAUGAUGAUGAUUCUGAUGGUUAUGAGUUUGGAAAAGAGCUAAAUGAAGAAAAAAAAAAAAAAUUUGAAGAAAUACAACAAGAAAUUAAAGAGAUUAAAAAUCAAUUAGCAAAAAAAAAAAAAGAAGAAAAGAAAAAAAAAAAGGAGGAAAAGGAGGUUGAAAAUAAUGAUGAGCCUCAACAACCUAUUGAUCCUAUUAAAAAAGAGUACUUAGAUAACAUAAAACUAUAUUCAUCAAAAAAAGAAGAAUUAUCUAAAAAAGGUUUAAAUAGAGAAGAUUUAACUCUCAACCUUUUAAAGCAAUUUAAAGAUAAAUUACAUAAUGUCAAAAAUUCUAUUAACAAAAAAGAAGAUUUUAACAAAAUGAACGACAAAGAUGAAGAUUGGUUAGGCCAUACACUUAAUUGUGAAGAAAAUAAUGCAGUACUAGCUAAAGAUGCUAAUAAAAAAGAUGAUGAUUGGUUUGAGAUAUAUGAUCCAAGAAGUGCACUUAACAAAAGAAAGCGAGAAAAUAGUAAAAAAAUAUUAAAAAAUGAACAUGAUAAAAAAAAAAAAAUUUAAAAAUAUUGUGAUAAAAUAUGUAUAUAUUUUAAUGAUUGUACGAUUUAAAAAAUUAUUUAUUUAAUAAAAUAUUUUAAACAUAGAUAUUAAAAUUAGAAUAUGUGACACUUAACACAUAUAUUUUUAACUUACAUUAUUGAAUUAUUCAAAAUAACAAUUAAUACAUAUAUUAUUUAAA